CUAGUUUUCAGGGGAGUGUCUUGCGUUAUUAAUGCUGAGUGGCUCUGGCAACUACUGUGGUUCAAGAUCAUUAGUCAUCUGCUGCUACUGCAGGAGACACGGGAGCGCUGAGCCAGAGCUGUUCAUCCAAUCCUCUUGGUCCUCCUAGGCCAGCAGGAUGAAGGAGUCUAACCAAACAUUUCUUAAUUUAUUCUGCAUCCUCUGGCUCUUGCUUCUGCUGAAGACUGCCUCUUCCUCCCCUCCACCUCAUGGAAAAGACCCACGACCCCCUUCCCUCCCCUUUGGGCUGUACAAAGGACACACCUGUGUUGGAUGUGUGCUUGUGGUGUCUGUCAUCGAACAGCUUGCACAGUGGCACAACAGCACAGUAAAGACAGCCAUGGAGAGGCUGUGUGACUACAUACCUGAAAAACUGCAAGGUUUCUGUUAUGUGCUUGCUGAACUUUAUGGACCACACAUAGCUGAACUCAUAGACAGAGAAAUGAAUGCUGAUGUGGUUUGCCAUUCCUUGAGGCUGUGUAAACAGGAUCCAGGACAGCUGCUUUGUCAUCUCUACUCUCCUCCAAAGGUGGGACUGAGUGUUGCAAUAAGAAAAGCAAAAAGAAUUAUGAAGACUUCCAAGGACCUGAAAAGCUUCUUGGGAUUCUCAAGUGUAUGUGCAUUUCCUCUUCUGGCUAGCCUGUGUGAGAAGAUUAAAUAUGUUCUAAGAAAUAAACUGCCUUUUGAAGAUUUUGAUGGAGAUAAAUUUAGUACUUUCCCAACCUUGAGGGGCUAUCAUUGGCGAGGCAGAGACUGCAAUGACAAGAACACAACUGUGUACCCUGGCAGACGUCCUGAUAAUUGGGAUGCAAAAAGUGAUUCUAACUGCAAUGGCAUAUGGGGUGUGGAUCCAAAAGAUGGAAUUCCCUAUGAGGAGAAAUUCUGCAAAGGUGCAGACUCAAAAGGUGUCGUGCUCUUGGGAGACUCGGCUGGUGCUCACUUCCACAUCCCUCCAGAGUGGAUGACCGUCACGCAGAUGUCAGCGAAAUCAUUUGCUAAUCUCCCCAUGGCUUUCAGUGAUGAGCUCGACUGGCCCCAGUUCUCAGAGAUCACCGGAUUUCUGAAUUCCACCAUCGGAGGGUGGACAGACUCUCUGUAUCUACGUUUACGCAAGAGAAAUCGCUGUAGUCACAGAGACUUACAGAACAUUUCCCAAAAUGAAGCAAACAGAGAAAAUGACAGUUUAGGGUGCCCUUUUGGGGACACAGUAUUCCUGAUACAAGGUCCUACUGGCAUCCUUUUCUUCAGGGAACGUGACACGCUGGCCCACAUGACCACACCCAAAGAAAUGCUCUCCAAUGUGGUGCAAGCUCUGCGAUACCUGGAUUCCCACCUUCCAAAUGGCAGCCAUGUGAUUUUAACAGGCUUGGUAGAUGGUCGCUUCCUCUGGGAUAACCUUCAUGAUAGAUACCAUCCUCUAGGACAGCUGAACAAGGAUGUCACGUACAGUCAACUCUACUCUUUCCUCGACUGCCUCCAGGUGAGCCCCUGCAGUGGUUGGCUGACACCCAAUGAGACCCUCAGGAAUCUGACCUCAGAGAGAGCAUUACAACUUUCCAAUGUCCUGAAAGAAAUAGCAAGAUCUGAGAAAUUUGCCAACUUUGAUAUUUUCUACAUGGAUUUCCCACUGAGACAAACGGCCGAGGAGUGGAGCAAGAUGGGAGGUGAGCCCUGGCAGCUGAUCGAACCAGUCGAUGGCUUCCACCCCAGCCAGAUUGCUGCAGCCCUUGGAACAGGCAUUACCUGGCAGAGGGCACUACAUGAGUGGCCUCAAGUGCUUGGCAAGGAGAAUCCAUUCAAUGACCAGAUUGAAGCCAUAUUCAAAGAUCAAGGUGGACACUGACUUCUGAACUGCCGGAGCCCUCACGUGAUUUAUGGUGGUGCUUCCAUGAGUCAAGAUGAUUAAAGACACACACAAAGAAGGGGGGAGGGAAAGUUAUCAGAGCCAGUAGCAGUGGACAUAAUAAGAGCAUUCUUUUCAGUUUGUAUCUCACCUGUACAAGUAGGCUAUGCCUUUUCUGUGGAGCUACAAAAAUAAAAAUCAAAGGAUAGCUGCCAUCUAGACCAUUUA